AACAAUUCAAUAGGAGGAAGUGCUCGUCACCGACUUUUCCCCCACCAUGAAGGCACAUUUCCUUCCGAGUCUUUGCUUCUCUUAUCUGGAAGAUUUUUUUUUCCCCCCAAGCGAAGCAUGAGCAGCUGUUAAGUGGAAAAUGGAGGCUAGAUUUUACUUGGUGAUUCUUGCCUGCGUGAUCUUCGGGACCCCAGAGGGGUUUCAGAUCGUCCAUGUCCAGAAACAACAGUGUCUUUUCAUCAAUGAGAAAGUGGUCGUGGGCUCCUGCAACAGGACCAUCCAGAACCAGCAGUGGAGGUGGACUGCGGAUGGAAAGCUCCUGCACAUUAGGUCUGCACUCUGCCUGGCCGUCUCCAAUUCCUCCCAGGGCCCUUCCCGUUCAGCCAUCUUGGCCCACUGCUCCCAGGCACCCCCGUGGACCUGCUAUGACCAGGAAGGGUUCCUGGAGGUGGAAAAUACCUCUCUCUUUCUCAAGAAACAAGGCCCCAGAGUGGUGGUCAAGAAGGGCAGAAAAUACCUUCAUAGCUGGAUGAAAAUUUAUGUCAACAAAGAAGGAAAUCUGGCCAAUGAAAGCCUCUGCUUAAAAAAAGCUGCCCUGGGAGCAGAAGUUUCAGUAAGGAGCACCAGAAACACAUCUCCUGCUCAGACGCCGACUGCUUUUAACGCAGCUCUGCAUAGUACAGAACACCUCAUCGGGAACACCACGGAGGCCCUCGUCAGGAAUACCACGGAAAAUUCCACCCAAAGCAGCAGUGAGAGGCAGCGCCUCAGUCUGCACACGGUGGGAAUCACAGAUACAUCAUGGGUUCUGCUGACCACUCAGCCCUUCUCCAGCACUACUGAAGAGAUAGGCCUGGCUGAGCCGGCGAAGUGUAACUUCACCGUGACAGCGUCCAGCGUCUCCAGCCGCUCUGCGUCUAUCCAGUGGACAAUUCUGAGGUCACCCUGUAAAUUUAGUCCUAUCAACAGCAGUGACACCUCGGAGGCUGCAUGGUGCCACCCCAUCCAGAUAGACAACACCACCUAUGGAUGUAACCUUCAAGAUUUGCAAGCGGGAACCGUCUAUAACUUCAGGAUUGUGUCUCUGGAUGGAGAAGAGAGAACUGUGGUCUUGCAAACAGACCCUCUACCUCCUGCUAGGUUUGAAGUCAGUGAAGGGCAGACCACGUCAGCCAGCCUGCACAUCUGGUGGACGCCUUCCCCCGGGAAAGCCAAUUGGUAUCAGGUGCAGUUGUUUGAUGGUAACAGCCAAAAGAUAAAGGAGGUCCGAAUUCAAGGAAGCACUUCAAGGAAUGAAUACACGUUUUUAAACCUGACUGCUGGUAACAAAUACAACAUUGCCAUCACAGCUGUUUCUGGAGAUAAACGUUCUGCUUCGGUUUAUACCAAUGGAUCAACAGUACCAUCUCCUGUGAAAGACAUUGGUGUUUCCACAAAAGCUAAUUCUCUCCUGAUUUCAUGGUCCCAUGGUUCUGGGAAUGUGGAACGGUACAAGCUGAUGCUAAUGGAUAAAGGGACCCUAGUUCAUGGCAGCACUGUGGACAAACAUGCUACUUCCUAUGCUUUUUACGGGCUGACACCGGGCCACCUGUACAACCUCACUAUUGUGACAGAGGCUGCCGGAUUACAGAACUACAGGCGGAAACUAGUCAGGACAGCCCCCAUGGAAGUCUCAAAUCUGAAGGUGACAAAUGAGGGCAGUCUGACCGCUCUACGAGUCAAGUGGCAAAGACCUCCUGGACAUGUGGACUCCUACAACAUCACCCUGUCUCACCAAGGGGCCGUCCAGGAAUCCCGAGUGCUGGCACCCGAGCUCACUGACACUCACUUCAGAGAUUUAGCCCCUGGACGGCUGUAUCAAGUGACCAUCAGCUGUGUCUCUGGCGAACUGUCUGCUCAGAAGAUGGCAGUGGGAAGAACACUUCCAGAUAAAGUUGGGAACCUGGAGGCCAACGACAGUGGGGCGAGGUCUCUCAAGGUGACCUGGUCGCCCCCUGCUGGAGACUGGGAGCAGUACCGCAUCCUGCUCUUCAAUGAAUCAGUGGCUCUGCUCAACACCACGGUAGCCAAGAAGGAGACACACUAUAUCACGGGCGACCUGGGGCUGGUACCGGGAAGACAGUACCAGGUAGAAGUCACAGUGGAGAGUGGAAAUCUGAAGAAUUCUGAGCAUUGCCAGGGCAGAACAGCCCCCCUGGCUAUCCUGCAACUUCGUGUCAAGCAUGCCAACGAAACCUCGCUGGGCAUCAUGUGGCAGACCCCUGCAGCAGAGUGGGAGAAGUACACCGUUUCCCUCGCCGACAGAGAUCUGCUGCUCAUCCACAAGCCGCUCUCCAGAGAUGCCAAAGAAUUCACUUUUACUGACCUGGUGCCUGGACGGGAAUACAGGGCCACAGUCACCAGCAUUAGUGGAGACUUACAAAAUUCCUCUUCAAUAAAAGGAAGAACGGUACCUGCCCAAGUUACUGGCUUGCACGUGGCCAACCAAGGGAUGACCAGUAGUCUGUUUACUAACUGGACUCAGGCGCUGGGCGACGUAGACUCUUACCAAGUCUUACUGAUCCAUGAAAAUGUGGUCAUCAAAAAUGAAAGUGUUUCCAGUGAGACCAGCUGGUACAGCUUCCACUCGCUCAAAUCCGGCGGCCUCUACUCCGUGGUGGUCACAACAGUGAGCGGAGGGAUCGCCUCUCGGCAAGUGGUGGUGGAGGGACGAACAGUCCCUUCCAGCGUGAGUGGAGUGACGGUGAACAACUCCGGCCGGAAUGACUACCUCAGCGUGUCCUGGCUGCCGGCUCCCGGCGAUGUAGACAGCUACAUGGUGACACUGUCUCACCACGGCAAGGUGGUCCAGUCCCUGGUCAUCGCCAAAUCUGUCAGCGAAUGUUCCUUCAGCUCGCUCACCCCGGGACGCCUCUACAAUGUGUCCGUGACCACAAGGAGUGGCAAGUUCGAGAACCGAUCCUGCAGCCAAGAGCAGACAGUGCCUGACAAGGUGCAGGGAAUCAGUGUCAGCAACUCAGCUAGGAGCGACUAUUUGAAGGUGUCAUGGGUGCACGCCUCUGGAGACUUUGAUCACUACGAAGUCAUCAUUAAAAACAAGAACAACUUCAUUCAAAAGAAGAGUGUUCCCAAGUCAGAAAAUGAAUGUAUAUUUGUUAAGCUCGUCCCUGGACGGUUGUACAGUGUCACUGUCAGCACAAAAAGUGGACGGUAUGAAGCCAGUGAACAAGGGAAUGGGAGAACAAUUCCAGAGCCCGUUAAGGAUCUAACGCUGCGGAAUAGGAGCACGGAGGCCUUGCAGGUGACGUGGUCACCAGCCAGUGGGGACGUGGACCAGUACGAGGUCCAGCUGCUCUUCAAUGACAUGAAAGUCUUUCCUCCUUUUCACCUCAUCAAUACCGCCACCGAGUACUGGUUCACUUCCCUAACACCAGGGCGCCAGUACAAAAUUCUUGUCUUGACCAUCAGUGGCGAUGUACAGCAGUCAGCCUUCAUCGAAGGCUUAACAGUUCCUAGUGCUGUCAAAAAUAUUCAUGUUUCUUCUAAUGGAGCAACAGACAGCCUGACCGUGAACUGGUCUCCUGGUGGUGGUGAUGUUGAUUCCUACAUGGUGUCGGCAUUCCGGCAGAAUCAAAAGGUUGAGUCUCAGACGCUCCCCAAGCACGUCUCUGAGCACACCUUCCGCAGGCUGGAGGCCGGGGAACAGUACCACAUCGUGAUUGCCUCGGUCAGCGGGUCCCUGCGGAAUCAGAUAGACGCACUCGGGCGGACAGUUCCAGCGUCUGUCCAGGGGAUCACUGCGGACAACGCCUACAGCAGUCACUCCUUAAUAGUGAGCUGGCACAAAGCUGCGGGUGUGGCAGAAAGGUAUGAUAUCCUGCUCCUAAACGAAGACGGGGACCUUCUGAGCAACACAUCGCGGCCAGCCAACACCAAGCAACACAAAUUUGAAGAUCUAACACCAGGCAAGAAAUAUAAGAUUCAGAUCCUGACUGUCAGUGGAGGUCUCUUUAGCAAGGAAACUCGGACUGAAGGCCGAACAGUCCCAGCAGCUGUCACUGACCUGAAGGUCACAGAUAACUCCACUGGACACCUGGCCUUCAGCUGGACGCCGUCGGUGGGGGAGCUCAGCGGGUACAACAUCUUCCUGUACAACCCGGACCGCACCCUGCAGGAGAGGGCACAGGUUGACCCGCAAGUCCAGAGCUUCUCUUUCCAGAAGUUGCUGCAAGGCAGGAUGUACAAGAUGGUGAUCGUGACUCACAGUGGGGAGCUGUCCAAUGAGUCUUUCAUAUUUGGCCGGACAGUCCCAGCCUCUGUGGGUCAUCUUCAGGGCUCCAACCGGAACACAACAGACAGCCUUUGGUUCAGCUGGAGCCCAGCCUCUGGGGACUUCGACUUUUACGAGUUGAUUCUUUACCAUCCCAAUGGCACAAAGAAAGAAAACUGGAAAGACAAGGACUUGACAGAGUGGCGUUUUCACAGCCUCAUUCCCGGCAGGAAGUACACACUGCAUGUGGUGACUCACAGUGGGGACCUCAGCAAUCAGGCCACCGGAGAAAGCAGGACGGCCCCAAGUCCUCCCAGUCUAAUAUCAUUCGCUGAUGUUGCCAACACGUCCUUAGCCAUCACCUGGAAGGGUCCACCAGAUUGGACAGACUAUGACGACUUUGAACUGCAGUGGGUGCCUCGAGACGCCCUCACUAUCUUCAACCCCUACAGCAACAGGAAGUCAGAAGGACGCAUCGUGCACGGGCUCCGUCCAGGGAGGUCCUAUGAAUUCAGUGUCAAGACUGUCAGCGGUGAUUCCUGGAAAACCUACAGCAAGCCUGUUGUUGGAUAUGUGAGGACAAAGCCAGACAAGAUACAGAACCUGCACUGCCGGCCACAGAACUCGACGGCCAUUGCCUGUUCUUGGAUCCCUCCUGAUUCUGACUUUGACGGGUACAGCAUUGAAUGCCGAAAGAUGGACACCCAAGAAGUUGAGUUUUCCAGGAAGCUGGAGAAGGACAAGUCUCUGCUCAGCAUCAUGAUGCUGGUGCCCCACAAGCGGUACCUGGUGUCGGUCCAGGUGCAGUCCGCCGGCGUGAGCAGCGAGGUGGUGGAAGACAGCACCAUCACCAUGAUUGACCGCCCCCCUCCUCCACCUCCACACAUUCGUGUGAACGAGAAGGACGUGCUAAUUAGCAAAUCUUCCAUCAACUUUACUGUCAACUGCAGCUGGUUCAGUGACACCAAUGGAGCCGUGAAGUACUUCACAGUGGUGGUUAGAGAGGCUGAGGGCAGUGAUGAGCUAAAGCCGGAGCCGCAGCACCCUCUCCCCUCCUACCUGGAGUACAGGAACAACGCCUCCAUCCGAGUGUAUCAGACCAAUUACUUUGCCAGCAAAUGUGCUGAAAGUCCUGACAGCAGCUCCAAGAGUUUCAAUCUUAAGCUUGGCACGGAGAUGGAGAGCCUCGGCGGGAAAUGCGAUCCCCAUCAGCAGAAAUUCUGUGACGGGCCUCUGAAGCCACACACUGCCUACAGAAUCAGCAUUCGUGCUUUUACGCAGCUGUUUGAUGAGGACCUGAGGGAAUUCACAAAGCCACUGUAUUCAGACACAUUUUUCUCUUUGCCCAUCACCACCGAGUCAGAGCCCUUGUUUGGAGUUAUUGAAGGUGUGAGUGCCGGUCUGUUUCUAAUUGGCAUGCUGGUGGCUGUUGCUGCCUUAUUCAUCUGCAGACAGAAAACGAGCCACGGUCGGGAAAGGUCCUCUGCGCGCCUGAGCAUAGGGAGAGACCGACCAUUAUCUGUCCACUUAAACCUGGGCCAGAAAGGUAACCGGAAAACUUCUUGCCCCAUCAAAGUAAAUCAGUUCGAAGGGCAUUUCAUGAAGCUGCAGGCUGACUCCAACUACCUUCUCUCCAAGGAAUACGAGGACUUAAAAGACGUGGGUCGAAACCAGUCAUGUGACAUCGCACUCUUGCCAGAGAAUAGAGGGAAAAAUCGAUACAACAAUAUAUUGCCUUAUGAUGCCUCUCGAGUGAAGCUGUCCAACGUAGAUGAUGAUCCUUGCUCUGACUACAUCAACGCCAGCUACAUCCCUGGCAACAACUUCAGAAGAGAGUACGUUGCCACUCAGGGACCACUUCCUGGAACCAAGGAUGACUUCUGGAAAAUGGCGUGGGAACAAAAUGUUCAUAACAUCGUCAUGGUGACCCAGUGUGUUGAGAAGGGCCGAGUAAAGUGUGACCAUUACUGGCCAGCAGACCAGGACCCCCUCUACUACGGGGACCUCAUCCUGCAGAUGCUGUCGGAGUCCGUGCUGCCCGAGUGGACCAUCCGGGAUUUUAAGAUAUGCAGCGAGGAGCAGCUCAAUGCACACAGACUCAUCCGCCACUUUCACUACACGGUGUGGCCAGACCACGGCGUCCCAGAGACCACGCAGUCCCUGAUCCAGUUUGUGAGAACCGUCAGGGACUACAUCAACAGAAGCCCAGGCGCCGGGCCCACUGUGGUGCACUGCAGCGCUGGUGUGGGCAGGACCGGGACCUUCAUUGCACUGGACCGCAUCCUGCAGCAGUUAGACUCCACGGACUCUGUGGACAUUUACGGGGCAGUGCACGACCUCCGGCUCCACAGGGUCCACAUGGUCCAGACUGAGUGUCAGUACAUGUACUUGCAUCAGUGUGUAAGAGACGUCCUCAGAGCAAGGAAGCUACGGAGCGAACAAGAAAAUCCCUUGUUUCCAAUCUACGAAAAUGUGAAUCCAGAGUAUCACAGGGAUGCAGUCUAUUCAAGGCAUUAAGAAUGGUGCCCGAAGAGCUCCUGGAUAAGUUAUUCACUCUGUGAUUUUUUUAACUUGCUUCAUGCCCUACAGAGGUGCCAGCUAUUUCUGUGGAUACUAUGUAUAAUUUAUUAAUCUGAAGAAUUUUUUAAAAUUUAUAUAAUUUAAAGGUAACAGAUAUUAUUGUACAUAAUUGUAUUUUGUAGUUUCUUCUGUAAAUAUGUACUUUUCAUAAUGUUUAAUAUUAUAUUAAGCUUUAUAUAAUACUAUUUUUCCACACUCAAGUGUUCAUGACUUGUUCUAUGUAAACUGAUUCCACCUAUGUG